AUGGGCAAAAAAAAGCACUCAAAGAAGGCAUCUAAAGUGCCGGUAGAUAGGCCUACAGUUAUUAGUGGAACCGAUGUUCAUUUUGAUUAUUCAGAUGGAGCGGCAGGCACCGAGGGGAAGAAGAAUAGUAAGACCAAGAAGAAGUUGCAUGAAAAGGUAACGGAAGCAGAAAUAUAUGAUAGUGAAGCAGAGUACCCUACUUCACGAGUGAUUAAAAGAGCACCUAAUGGGGAUGUUAUUGUGGAAUCGCUGCCCGAUGCUGAGAAAGCUCCUGAGGUCGUAGAUCUUCAGAAAAGCAUUCCAGCUAAGCUUGAUUCCCAUUGGGAAUCUCUCAAUGCUGAGGAGAAGAAGACGAUACUCAGAAUUGAGAAGAAUGAGGUGUUUGAAGUCAUAAAAAAUUAUCAAUCGUCAAACAAUUGUAACUGCUCUGUUUGCGGGAGGCGGAGUGUCGCCAUGGAACAGGAAUUGGAACGAAUUUACAACACCCUUUACGAGAACGCGAAGCAGACCAACUCUGACACAGACUUCGUCCUAUUUCAUUUAAAUAUGAUCAAAGAGCUACAACGUACAAAUUCUACAUUGGACCAAUCACCAACGCCAAAAAGUCCGUCUCCACAAUAUCUUGAAAAUAUGCGCGAUGAAGCUGUCAAAUAUUGUCUGUCAAAUAAAGCCGUUGAAUCCCUAAAAGAGGAAGUUCUCCAAUUCAAACACAACAAGCAGAAACUCCAACAUCAGAAUACAAAUCUGUUGGAACAGUCGCGACAUCGGGCUCCUCAUGUGGCAGGAAACCAAGAAAAUGAACUGCAAGAGCAGACACAGGAAACUUUAUCUCAUAAACCGUCAGAACAGGAAGUAAAUGAGCAACAUUCACAGCAUCCUCACCAGACCCAUCAGGACCUGACAACGUGUAAUUCUCAGUAUUCCAAUCAGGAUCUUCCAAAAGUGGAAUCAGAACGUUUUGGACAGAACGAUAAUACUCUUGACCAACGCUCGGUUUCAUUGACGUCGGAACGCUCUCCGGAAUCGACGUCUAAUGAAGAUUUGAAGGAUAAAUAUAUGAAUUUCGCAAAGACUUUCGUAUCAUCUCAUCCAAAGAUUGCACAGGAGUAUGUUAAUAGAAUGAUGAUGUACCCCGAUAUGAGGGCACUCACAGAGGAUCUAAUGAACAAUAAUGGCCAAGGAUUUAUUAAGGCUAUGGAAAAUUUUGUUUUACAGAAGAAUGAUAAUCAAAUUGAGGAUAUCGAAAGUGAGAAGCGGCUAACGACCACUCUACAAAACGGUGCCCCUCUUACACCUGAGCAGUAUGCAGACUUGCAGCGUCAUCUUGCUGAGAAAAUGACGACAUCUUUUGAUGUGCAAACGAGGGAAUUCAAAAACUUACAUGAAAUAGCAGGCAAACGGUUAUUGGAACAGUUUUUGGCUGGAGAAGAUCCUGUCAGUAAGUUAAUGGAUUCGUUUGUAAAGCAAACAAACGAGACCAACGAAGCGCUUGUCGCGGAAGAUACCCAUUCUUCGCAAUUUGAUUACGAAAAUGAGGAGGAUUAUGAUGAAGAGGACUAUUCAGAAUAUGACGAUGAGGAAUCUGAAUACGAUGAUGAAAUUUACGAUGAUGAAGAUGAAGAUGAAGAUGAUACGUAUCAUCAUCACUACCAUUCCCAUCAUCACCAUCAGCAUGACCAAGAUGAAGGGAGUGCCGAUCUCGAUGUCGAAGAAGACAGUACGGUGGGUAAUGAGGAUGAAUUCGAUAGUGGAGUCGAUGAACAAGAGCGUCUAGAAGAAGGUAGACGUUUAAUUCAGAUUGCUAUCACUAAAUUGUUGCAGAAAAAGCUCGUCGAUUCAUACCAUGAAAAACAGGCCGAGAAUAACAGAUUGAGACUACUGCAAGAACUGGAAGCUGAAGAACAGAAGAAAAAGGAAAAAGAAGAGAAGAAGCAACGGAAGCGUGAAAAGGAAAAGGAAAAGAAGCGGUUGCAGCAGAUAGCGAAGGAACAGGAGAGGCGUAAGAAAGAGGAAGAGGAGGCGAGGCAACAAAAAGAGGCAGAAGAACGUGAGAUGUUAAGAAGAGAGGCGCAGAGGAAGAAGGUGGAGGAAGUUAAAAAGAAGAAAGAUGAAGAAAGACGUAGAAAGUUAGAGGAACAGAGGCGCCGAGAAGAAGAGCAACAGCGCCAAAGAAAACUAAAGGAGGAACAGAAACGUAAGAAAGAGGAGGAGAAGAAGCAACGAGAAGAAGAGAAGAAGCAGAAAGAAGAAGAGCUUAAAAAGCAAAGAGAACAAAAGAAAUUGGAAAGGGAACUCAAAGUACAACAAGAUGAAAUCGACAGAGCGAAGCUCGUUGAAAAAGCACAUAGGAAAGGCGCAGAACAUUUUAACAGGCGAUUGAGUACUCCUCCAGAGGCGGUUCCUUAUGGGAAUUCAAAUCUGUCAUCUGGUGCUAGCAGUGAUUUGUUUAAUAUGGUCAAUGAAGUGGCCUCUAAGUCUAUGUCGUCUUCUCCCUCUCAUUUGCAGGCACUACUUCAAUCGCAACGUCAGCACGCAGAAUCACAGACUUACUCUACUGGUACACCUCUCAGUGUGGGAACGGUUUCGGCUCAAACAGUUCGUCCUAUCAACGACUAUGGAAAUGUUUCAUACGAUUCAUUAGUAGGGCGUCAACAGUCAAUGGGUUCUACCUGGGAAAAUUCUAACAACCUCUUCCAUGCGCCUCCAAAUUUAGAGCAGUCAUAUCCAGAAAGACAAGGACAAGCGACAAUGCCCUCUGUGAGCACUACCCAAACCUAUGCACCAUUCAACACCUCAAUUGAUUCGAACAAUUCAUUUGCUAAUGAGCUCAACAAUCUAACCAACCUUCUAUCAUCCUCGAAUUUGAACGGCGGACAUGUUCCUUCAGGUGCAGAUUCAAGUUUCUUCAAAGAUAACUUGUGGUCAAAUUUGGACCCUGCAGCACAGGCGACUCCUUCAAAUUUCAUACCUCCUAAUCCUACCACUUUCUCUGCUUCCUCGGUUGCUAAUACCACGACGUCCCACCGCAAGUCCAUUUGGGAUAGCGGCGCCUCUUUAAACUCUCUCGGAAUGAAUAGCAAUGUACCGGACUAUCGGCCUGACAUUUGGACGAGUCCUAAUACUUCGUCCCAAGUCACUAGAACACCUGCAGUGGAUAAUAAAGUGGAUGCUAUCUUACAGUCCUACUCUCUCCUGAGUAGGGAAUUAGGUACUGAUUUCGUUCCCGCUGAAAAGCUUUACCAAGCCGCAUUUUCUUGUGCAGCGGAUAGUCCAGCUUUCAGUUAUGCAACCUUUGUCGGAGCACUACUAAAUAUGAGGUCAACACAUAAUUGUGAUCUUCUCAUGAAUCAGGUUGGUACCAUAACCCAUGCUAGAUUCUCUUUUGGUGGGGCAAAUUCACAGCAACUCUCCUACCAACAAGGCCAGCAGGCGACUUCAGCUUGCCCUCCCCAAAUCCCUCAAGGAACCUCUGUAUCAGGAAACCCCCUAUUCAAAGAGCUCUACAAUACGUCCAACACGGUCGCUUCUCCAAGCUUGGCGCUAGCCAACCCAGGAGUGUCUAAUGAAAGCAACUCUAAUCUUUUUGACUUCGAUCAACAGUUCGGGCAACCUAGAACAAGUAAUAUCUGGGGUUAA